CGUGACGUCACUCGCAGCCGUCCAAUCACCGCGCAGCUUGCCGCGAGCAGGAAGUGGCGGAGCUUGCGGCGGCUGAGCAAUGGCUGCGUCCGCUCGCGUUGUGCAGUUGGUCACACCGCGUAUUCCGCUGAUCAAGUUUCGUAGCAGAAAUCCUGCCACAGUUUCUAAUGCUCAGGAAUUGGGAAAGACUGCCAUCGAUCUGGUAGGCGCAGCCAGACCCAUGGCGGUGAAGAGUCUGCCAAUGGAAACACUCGAACCGCUGCCUCCACGUUUCCGGCGCAAGCCCCUCGACACGAUUGAAAUGGAAUACAUUCAGCGAGGCGGUCCAGAUUGAGAGAAAUGCACGCACCAUUACUUGGUGGUUGCUGAAGAUAAAAAGAGAGGACUGAAAUGGAUCACCACAUCCAGCACAUGCUGCUUAGACUUGUGGCAAGAGCCAAAGUCAUACAUUAAACUUCUGCAUAACUUACAAACAUGAAGUGUACUGUUAUACAAGACACAUUCUUAUGUCACCUGAGUCUAAGCAUAUGCACCAAUAUAUCUAUUAAAUGAUGAGAUUACUCAGAA